AACACCACCGAUUAGCCGCGUUUCUAUUUCGACCUUGUACAUCAAGGCAAAGUACUCCUAUGGCCACGGCCAGAACAAGUCCUUUGAUCUUCCUGCAAAAUCAGAGCAAAUUCUGCAGUUGGGAUCAGGGUAAGUCGAGUUCCUUCAGUUAUGGCUACCGCGCUAAUAUCUCCGGAGUCAACGGUCUGAGAAAUAACGGGAAGAGAUGGAGGGUGAGUGGAUGUGGGUGGGACGACGGCGGGGAAGUGAGAAUUGAUGGGUGCGAAAACUACGAUGUUUCAGACGAUGACCGGAGGUUCGUGGAGGUUCUGAGGGAAGCACACCCUUAUAUUCAACUGCACAGAGGGAGCACUUUUGUGGUGGUGCUAUCUGGAGAAAUUGUGGCUAGCCCUUGCCUGGAUUCCUUACUCAAGGUAGGUAAUUCAACCCUUGAUUUCCUUUACCUCUUACAACCGCCACUCAUUUCUCAGAAUCAUUUUCCUUAAUUUGUGCUUAGGGCAUAUAAUCUGAAUUGUGACAGUGUUUAUACUGACUACUUUUCCCAACAAUAUAUUUAACUUAUUUUUAAGUACAUAUGUGCAUGUUAUGUAAUAAUAUAGGAGUAUCUCAUAAUUUAACUUUGUCGGAGCUCGGUGCGGAGGAAGUAGUUAUCCUGUUACGGACCCGCCAUCGCCUCCUACUUUUGCCUUUGUAUAUAUAUGUAUAUAAAUAAAAAUGCAAAAAAAAA